GCACUUGGAGCCUUUAAAGAAAAAUAAAAUACUAGUUAACGUAAUACACUUAUAUCAUAUUCUUUUAACAAUUCAUAUAUUUGAAUGAACCUCUUUUUUUUUAACUCUUUGGCUAUUUUAAAUAUAAUAGCACGUAAAGAUGUAAAAUAAACAAUCUUCCGCAAAUAGUAUCACUUUGAUCUAUACCUGGGUUUCUUUAGGAUUAUUGAAUUAGUUUAUUAAUAAAACAUAAAGUAAUUAUUUGUUAAAAAUUAGAAAAUAAGAACGCUCUCAGUACUGUCCUACAAUUGGUGUCUCCAAACAAAACACAACUACAUAGAAGUUACAUUUAUCACAUAAGCAAACAAGGCUGGGACAAUUUAAAAUUUUCAUUUUCUUUGAGUAUUUGUUAACAGUUACGUAAAAAUUAUUGGAAUAGGCCGCUAUGUAUGUAGCAUUACAAACAGAAAACAAUAACUUCCCAAAUUAAAAUUUCGUAUCAUGAAACAUGAAGGUGGUAGAUAUAGAAAGAAAAAUUCACAUUUUAACUUUAGCUUUUAGGCAAGAAAUAAUACAACCAAAUAAAUUGGCUUACUUACUUCAAAGAUACAAAUCCUUGUAGCAAUAAAGUUACACCUAGUUUUUAUUAUCUAGGGAUAAGUUACAAAUUGUUGUCAUAAAAUUCAUAGUAUUUGUUAUCGAAUAUUAUUAAAAACGUCAACCGAAUGUAUCAUAAUAACCUUUGAUUUUGUUAAAUUUAAAAGAGGAGGUACCAUCUCAAUAUUAUCAAUUCCAGGGGUUUUCAUUCUAUAUCAGUUGAUAAGGCCUACCUGAUAUUAAAAAAAGUAAAAAGAAUAAAAGUCUAAAAUUAAUAAUAAAAUAAUAAUGUGUUGAACAAAUUACCUACAGAAAAUAAGUUGGAUUUUCAUCAAACAUGUAUCUUAUCUGUACUAAUGACUUAAAGUUUGGAUUUAUAACAUCAGAUAAAUAUUUUGUCACUGAUUGUGAGUGUAACUACGAAAUUCAUUUGCAACGGGGCAUUCAUUCUUCAAAGUUCAUUUGAGUCAAAGUCAGUUCUUGAUGUUGAGGGUGAAGAUUUGAAGUUUUUACCCAGCAGUUUCGCUACAUUUCUCAAAACGAUAUGGGAAAUUUGUGAGUAAAAACAUCAGUUUUAUGUGUUUGGAAAUAAAAUUUGUGGAAACGUUAUUAAAAACGUCAAGUUUAAGUUAUUUGAACUCUUAGCAACUAGUUGCUGGGUAUCGAGAUAAUAUAAACACAUUUGGAUAAAGUCAGAUAUGCAAAAAUUGAUUUCUUCUGUUUCCGAAUGGGAGAAGCGAUAUAAUAGGACGAUGAUAAGCGAACAUCAGAAGCAGUGUCUUAUGCCAGAUAUUGUUCUUGAACAUGUUAACAAAAAUGUCAGAUUCAGGCCCUUUCACGGACCAAAAAAGACUAUAUCGGAACCUGUUUCAUCUUUGAAAUUAUACGUGAUACAUGACAAUAUAGAAAUUCCAGAUCCUUUUGAUAAUUCCGUUUAUAGUAAAAUAGAUAAGCCAGCUUACAGGGCGUAUUUGGAAGAAUCUGAUGAACACAAAGGAUAUGUAAAAGUAAGACAAAUGGAUUUGUCCUCAAAAAGACCAAUCUAUAAUGUCGCGGAGAGAAGUGAUUCCGACGAGUCUUUUUACGAAACAUUACCAUCGACAUCACAAGAUGACCCUGUCACAUCAAGUAGAAGUACUUCCUGCUCCGGUUCGGAUCAAGAUUAUACUCGGUUGUCGCAAUUUCGGACCCCAGCGCCACUUAAUAUAUCUGAAAGUGACAUUUACACUGCUAUCGGAACUUUACCAUCAAAGUGUUUGACUCCAGUGAGGGUAAAGAACAACGAUUUAAUAAGAGAUGACGAUGACGACGAUGAUGAUGAUGAUGAUGACAGUGAUGACGACACAAAAUUGGACAGUUAUGCCAGAAAAUCCCGCGAAAAACUAUUUAUCUACGUUAACUACUUCAAUUCGAAAGAAUUCAUGCUUCAUUUUUCUGCUAGAGUGUUUCCUAACGUCUUGGGUCAGACGUUAGGAUUUAAUGAAGACGAAAUUUUCGCGGCUUCUUUAGCAGAAUGCAAAAUUUAUUGCGAUACUUUAGACGAGAACGAAAACAUUGUCAAAUGCGAAAUCGUUCCAGCUAUAGCCAUUCCGUGGCCAACUGUAGCUUUCGAAUGGUCAGCGAGGAGCCGUCCGAAGAUCACCGACGAAAGAGCAAUGAUCCGCUAUCAAUGGCCGACAGAAAAAAUGAUAAGAGAAAUCAAAUCCAUGAACUGCGUAAUAAUCCCGAAAGGAUACAUGCCAAAGAACAAUAAACAAAAUAACCCAAUGAUGGACUUGGAAUGGGAAGUGGCGUUUCCAAAGGCCGAAAGAUAUUUAGAAACCAGAAUGUCACAUGCCCAAAUGAGGUGCUAUUUUACUCUACUAUCUCUUUACAAAACAUUUAUUGAACCAGUUACAUUAACGCACGGUUUACUCACGGAGCACAUAAAGAUCCUCCUGUUUUGGGAAUGCGAAAAGAACUACAUGUCUUGGUCGGAUUGUAAACUUUGGAAAAAGUUACGAAUUCUUUUGCAAAUAUUAAACAGAUGCUUGUCGACUUGUAAGUUACCUGAUUAUUUUAUUAAAAGUAAAAAUGUUUUCGAAAACGUCCAGACGAAGUAUCUGGUAGCUGCCCAAGAAAUUAUUUAUAGAAUAUUAGAAUCUCCUAUACCGUAUUUACUCAGAGCGCUGAGAAAUUUAAGGUGUAUGUCAGGCAAAUUUUAUCCAAGUCCGAAUUUGAAACAACUCUACGAAAUUCUUACUGCGAAAAAUUCACUCUUAAGCAUACCCCAAUUUAAACCGACUAAUGGCUCAGUUAUGAAUGGAGAGGCAAAUAAAAAACGAAAAUCGUAUAAUCCCGACGUAGAUCAAGAAUGGAGACUGAAAGCGCUUGAAAAACAAAGAAUAGAAAGACUGAAAAAGCAGAAAGAACAAAAGCAGAAGAAGGUGUCUUCUGAGAAUCUCUUCAAAAGACGAAGUUCUGUGGAUUCUAUUGAUAUAAACAUGUUUGACGAUUUCCACGUCGACGAAAUCAGAAAAAGGUCCAUCUUGAUAUUUUUCAUCGAUCAUUUCAUUGCCAUCGCCAAAACGAGUCACAAAAUUGGCUCGAUAAGACAAACAUUGUUUUAUUUGAAACAAGCGUGGUAUCUUACGAGAUUGCUUGGAGAUUCACCGGCCAAUAAGCAGGAUGUUAUGGAAUAUGAAAAGAUUAUAAACAAAGAAGAAGAGUUAUGUCACAGGAAAAUCGAUAAUCAGUCUAGUACAACAUCUCCUCCGUCACCUCCUGCUCCACUAACACCUAAAAGGAAUUCCAUUCUCCACACAUCCAAUAGCACGCGAACGUUGAAAUCGCAAUCGAGCAACGAAGAUAAGCCACCUAUUCGAAAACAAACCGAUCAAGUGAAAAAGCGAAAAACGAUUACCUUCAUGGCGGAUGUUGACCAUGAAGCAACAGCUUUUUAGUUUAAAGUUAUCUAAUAACUAGUACCAAAUAUUAAUUUAUUUAUUACACCUAUUACGUACCUGUAACGGUAAGUAGAUUUAAGUCUUUGUAGAUAAUAUACGAUAUGUAAAUAUGUAUAUAACUUUCGUAAAGUGAACUACGUUUAUUUAUUAUUAAUAAACUUUGAAAGUA